AAUCACAUUAAAAAGAAUGUAUUCUGUAACGCUAAUCGAGCAUCCAUUCCUUCAUCCACCACCAACUCUAAUCCUCAAAGAUAGAAAGGUGAAACUUCAAAGCACAGAAUAAACAGGCAAAGCCAAUGGCACCACCACCACCUCUUCACACCUCCACCAACUAUUUCAUGAUCCUCCUCUUAGCAUCCACACCAACAACCUCAACAACAGUGUGCCACGACACAUGUGGCUCAAUACAAGUCAAGUACCCCUUUGGCACAGGUCCUGGUUGUGGGUCCCCACUAUUCAACCCAUACAUAACAUGCACGUUAAACCAACUCAUCCUCAAAACUCACAAAACAGCGUACCCUAUCACUUCCAUAUCAUACCCAACAUCAACUCUCAUACUCGCACCCCCCUACAUGUCUACUUGCACCACCAUGCAAACUUCUCCCAACUUUGGCUUAGAUUUAACCUCACCUUUCCAAAUCACUUCUUCCACUUUCAUCCUCCUCUUUUGUCAACCCUUCAUAAUAAAAAACUCUCCCAUUUGUGACACUUCCUUUGAUUACCUUUGUGCUUCUAUUUACUCUUGUCCUGCAGUGCUCUCACUUGGUAUGCCUCUUUUUCCUCCGACUAACACUUGUUGUGUCUACUCUCCGGCGAACCUCGACGGCGAAGGGGAGUUGAACCUUAGGGGGAAUGAUUGCGGUGGUUAUAGUUCGGUUGUGUCGCUUGGCGGUAAUCCUACCGAUCCUACUCAUUGGGUUUAUGGAGUGGCCUUGAAAUAUAGUCAUAGUGCUUUUGAUAACUUUGUGACUCCUAAAUGUACUAGUUGUGAGAGUAGUGGUGGUGUAUGUGGAUUUGCUGCUCCAGGAAAUGGAUUUGCUUGUGUUUGUGAAGGUGGCUUUAACACUAGCCUUGAUUGCUCUAGUAAUGAUCAAAAUGAGGAUUAUCUUUGGGAAUCUAUCUCUCCUCCUCCCAUGUCCACAAGUGGAAGAAUUUGAAAAGGCAUGAAGAACUCAAGCUUUUUAUCACAAUUUGUUGCUACUGCCUCCUCCUCCGCCACCCAUGCUUCUGCUGCGCCUUUGCCUGCGGCUGUGCCUGCGCCAACAUUGGGUUUAAAUUAGUCGAUUUGGAUUAGAUCCGAAAUUAAAUGAGUCAAAAUCCAAGUUAGGUUGGUUUGAGUUGCGUGUUUAUCUGUAUCGAUGAACACUCCAAUUGUAAUAAUUUUUAUUUUUUUUAUUUUUAUAAAUGGCAACUAAUGUUGACAAUAUUGAAUUAAUGUUUUGACCUGACUUUGUAAUUAAAGCUUUCCCUGACAUUAAGGUUGA